CGCACGAAAACAACAAGAGUCGAAGACAGAUGAAGCAGUCGAUUUACAUAAGCUCAUCACGAAGCGGUUGGAAUUUGGAUCCAAGAAUGUGAAAGUCCCUGUCAAGGCCAUUAUCACUAGUUUCAAAACGUUACUCCACCAACUCUUAGUUUCGACUAUUGGCUUGUUUCUACCUCACGGUUGUGUAAGUGCUGAUUGUUGUCGGUCAGUCAUCUUCAAAUGGUGAGUUUGGCACCGGGAGUAAAGCAUCUCCAAAGAUUUCUGCCACCACUUAACUCGAAAACUGGUCGCGUGCAUAUAUUUUUCUUCACUUUGGUGAUAUACUCGUGCUAUCACUUAUCCCGAAAACCGAUUAGUAUUGUAAAGUCAGUACUUCAUCAGAAUUGUUCUGAAGAAGCCCACAAAGAGGGGAAAAUCAUAGUUCCUGGAAACGAAACAUUCUGUGACUGGGCCCCUUUCGAUGGUCAAAAUUAUGAUUCCCUUUUUGGCACACUUGAUCUUAUUUUCCUCUCAUUUUACGCCGUUAGUAUGUUCUUAAGUGGACAUGUUGCAGAUAAAAUUGACCUUAGAAUUUACCUAUGCAUUGGUACUCUUCUUUCUGGUGUGACGACAAUAGCCUUUGGUCUUGGAUACUUUUUCAAUGUUCACUCGUUUGCUUACUAUGCAGUUACUCAGGGUGUUGCUGGAAUAGUUCAAGCAUCCGGUUGGCCGGCAGUUGUAGCUUGUAUGGGGAAUUGGUUUGGUAAAAAUAAGAGAGGAUUUUUUAUGGGAGUUUGGACAGCGCAUUCUAGCAUUGGAAACAUUUUGGGCUCCUUAGUUGCUGGUGCCUUUGUAGAAAUAGCUUGGGGAUGGUCAUUUGUUAUUCCAGGAUUAAUAAUUGGACUUCUCAGCUUACCAAUUUAUCUGUUUCUUGUACCCUAUCCUGAAUGUGUUGAAGUUCAACUUCCUGUCCAGCAUAACGCAAAUGAUUAUGGUUCCAUUAACCAACAAAUCAGAGAUGGAAACUCAUUUGAAGAAUCGUUUGGAACAACUAGUUCACAAUGUAAUCUUUUAAUACCAACAAAAAAGAACUCUUCAUCAUUUCUGUCUGCACUAAAAGUACCUGGUGUUAUUGAAUAUUCAUUGACUUUAUUCUUCUCUAAGCUAGUUUCUUAUACUUUCCUAUUUUGGUUACCUAUGUAUAUACGUGAAGCAGGCGGUUUCGACCCAUCAUCAUCAGCUGAUUUAUCAGCUGUUUUUGAUUUAGGUGGGAUACUCGGUGGAAUUAUCGCUGGUUAUGUAUCCGAUUGUACUGGAUCAAGUGCUAUUACAUGUGUUGUAAUGAUUGCUUUGUCGAUACCUACGUUGUAUCUAUACUCAGUCGUUGGAUUUCGUUCUUUAGCUCAUUGUAUCGGUUUAUUAAUCCCAUUGGGAUUGUUUGUUAAUGGUCCUUACGCUUUGAUUACAACAGCAGUUUCAGCUGAUCUAGGUACUCAUCCUUCAUUGUCUAAAAAUUCUCGUGCAUUGGCUACAGUAACAGGUAUUAUUGAUGGAACAGGUUCAGUUGGUGCAGCACUCGGACCUUUACUGUGUGGUUUCAUGAAACCAUAUGGUUGGUCUGUCAUUAUUAUUAUGCUUAUGGUCGCGUUGGCUCUGGCUGCAGUCUUGCUUUUCCGUAUGGUAGCCAAUGAAAGUCGUCAAUGUUGUUUCAGUGUUCAACAAUCAUUAUUACCAUCAUCUUCAUCACUGUCGAAUGCGGCUGAUGCUUAAAGUCAGAAAUGGUUAUUCAGUAUUUUCCAAACCUAAGCAAGAUUUCAAAGAGAUUAAGUUGAAAUGCUUCAAUAGAUUCAUAAAACUUUAAUUUUGAUACUGUAUGUUCGUGUUUUCUGCAGAAAAAGGAGAGAAAACAAUGUAAUAUCAUCAUUGCUUAUUUGUCAAAGUUGAUUUUCCCAUUCUGUUGGUUUGUCGAUUUCUUUUCUUUUUUUUGAACUGACAAUGUUCUUAUCCAUUUUGACAUUGAUAAAAAAUAUUUAAGUUUUCUGUAUCCAAGACGUGACAAUUAUGAUUAAGAUAGGGGGUAAUUUUUAAUCCAAAACUACUUAUCAACGUAAAAAAUUUUUAAAAAAAAGAAAGUAUAAAUGAUUUAAUAAUUAAUUUUAAUAAUAAUUUUCGAUACAUAUUUAGCUAAAAUUAUUGAUUUUUCUAUUUACAAUAUAAUAUACAUAGAAAUAUAUAUAUAUAUAUAUAUAUAU